AUGGCGAAGGCGACCAAUCUGGCCAGGAUGUCUGUGUCUUGGGAAACAGUUGCCCUCGCACCAACAGGCUUGGUGACGCAGCAGCACUUGCCCGUCACCAUGCUCCCGGUGUUGAUCUACGGCACUGCCUGGAAAAAGGACCGGACUACCGACCUCGUCUACAAGGCUCUCCGCGCAGGAUUUCGCGCCGUCGAUACGGCUGCGCAGCCAAAGCAUUAUCGAGAGGAUCUUGUUGGGGAGGGCAUCCGACGCGCGAUUCGCGAGGGAAUCGUGAGGCGGGAGGACCUCUAUAUCCAAACCAAAUUCACUUCCGUCCAAGGACAAGACCCAAACAACAUGCCCUACAAUCCCCAGUCCUCGAUCACAGAGCAGGUGCACGCUUCCAUCAAAUCAUCCCUUCACAAUCUCCGCACAGACGAGAAAGAGGACGAGGGGACCAACGAGACGGGCUACAUCGACACGCUAGUCCUCCACUCUCCCCUGCCCACGAUCGACCAGACCCUCGAGGCCUGGUCCGCCAUUGAGAGCUACGUGCCGCACCGCAUCCGCAACCUGGGCAUCUCCAACUGCCCCUUCCCCGUGCUGGAAGCACUCUACAUGUCCCCGGAGGUCAAGGUCAAGCCGGCCGUGGUUCAGAACCGCUUCUACACCAGUACGCGGUACGAUGGGCCCGUCCGGGCCUUCUGCCGCAAACACGGCCUCAUCUACCAGAGCUUCUGGACCCUGACGGCGAACCCGAACUUGCUGUCCAGCAGUCCUGUGGGCGCGCUGGCCCACGAGACCGGGAUCAGUCGGCCUGCGGCCCUGUACAGUCUCGUCCUGGGCCUGGGCAACACAGCCGUCCUGGACGGCACGACGAAUGAAUCUCACAUGGUGGCCGAUCUGGAGGCACUAAAGACGAUGAAGAAAUUCACGGAGGAGCAGCCGGAGCGGUGGCAGAGCUUGGUAGGCGACUUUAAGCGGCUGAUCUAUGAGGUUGAUUGA